GUCCUGCAGUGUGUGAGCGAAGGGGGAGAAAUUAAUUUUACCCUUGCUUCAGGACAGUGUUAUACGUUAGCCUACCCACAUGCGUGGUCUUUCUUAUUUUUUCCUUUCGGCCCUGAUCCAUGUGUCUUCUGGCACCCCCAAAGUCAUCGGCUAUGUCGGGCGCGAUGUCAUUUUGCCCUGUAGCUAUGACACACAACACCAUGAUGACCUUAGCUUCUGCUGGGGACAAGGGAAGGUGCCCGUGUCGAAAUGCUCCAACACAGUCCUCUCCUUCCUGGAUGGAGCUGUGUCCUUCAGGCUGUCCCCCAGGUACCAGCUGCUGGGCCACACGGCGGCCGGAGAGUUGUCCCUGACCAUCCUGAACGCUCAGAGGAGUGACGCGGGUGUCUACGGCUGUAGGGUCGAGAUUCCCGGGUUAUUUAACGACCAGAAAGUCAACAUAAAGCUUAUUAUGGAGGAAGCUCCCGUGGAACAGCCGGUUACCCAGAAUAGUACAAUCUCAGCUGACAGGGUGGAAGAAACACUGCCAACAUCUACACCUGAAUAUGUGGAAGUGGAUGAACGAACACUGGAAAUGAUUCAAAGUGUAACACCUGAGGGAAAUUUCAAAGCCCUCUUGAGGGUGGAGAACGUUAGCAGGAUGGCGGCUAUUUUGUUCUUCCCCCUAAUCAUAAUCCUCGUCUUUAUUUUCCGGAGGUCGUUUGUGUCGCGGGGGACUCGUGCCAACACCUCGGCUGCUGAGAAUAUUUACGAAAGCAUCCCAAUGCAUUAACGGGGGUCGACAUUAUGGCAAGGAGGGAGGCCUCCGAUUACAGUGAGCAACUUCUGGCUGCAGGACUGGCUGCCUGUCACGUGUUGAAGCGUUCCAUCUCCUCAGCUUUCGCUCGACGGUUUGAACUCUUAUCAGUAAGAGAACAAGAUGACCCAUUUCCCCAGCAAAGCGGCUUAUGCUGUUCUCAGAUGGCUCUAAAAAUGUGUCUUAGAAGAUGCAAAAAUAGCCUGCAGAUUAAUUAAUUUUCUUUUAUUUUCUGUGUGCACCCUGAAAACCUUGUGGAUGCUUCAUACUUGUGGACACAAUGCCACCUACUGGAUUUAAUAAUAAUAAUACUAAUAAUACUAAUUAUUAUUAUUAUUAUUAUUAUUAUUAUUAUUAUUAUUAUUAUUAUUAUUAUUAUUAUUACCUAAGUGCCUUCAGGGAAAGCAGUUUGGUAUUUAAAAAUAUGAUGUGAAGGGAGUGUAUGAGAGUGUGGGGGAUACAUCGUCUGUAUAUAUUGAAAAAAUAUGAUCAAUAAAGACUAA